UUCGCAAUGGCGACGCGUGAAUAUGCACGAGGACAGUGAGGGCGGGGCAAGAUCGCGGGCUCGCGACUCGUGCCAGGGUCUCUAGGAGGGCCACGAGGUAGGGCCGAGAACAAGGCUACCCGCACUCGCGUUCAAACCGGCGGCGGCAGCGGCACCAUGUUUCAAAGCGACGCCGUGACGCCGGUGACGGGGGGCGCGCUGGCCGCCGCCUUCCGCCGGGUGCGCGAGGAGGUCGCCGAGAAGCGCGAGCAGCUCGUCAAGCCGCGCGCCGAGCAGCCCACCGUGGCCGAGUUCUACAAGGGCCGCGGCGUGUUCAUCACGGGCGGCUCCGGCUUCCUGGGCCGCCUCCUCGUCGAGAUGCUGCUCCGGACGUGCCCGGACAUCGGCAACGUCUACCUCCUGCUCCGGUCCAAGAAGGGCGAGAGCCCGUCGGGACGACUCCAGGGCCUGCUCAACGUGCCGCUGUUCGACAGGCUCCGCGCCGAGCAGCCCCACGCCCUGGACAAGAUCGUCGUGCUCCCCGGGGACAUCACGGAGCUGGGGCUCGGGCUGAGCCAGGAGCACAGGGCGCUGCUGCAGCGGGAGGUGUCCGUCGUGUACCACGUGGCGGCCUCGGUGCGCUUCGACGACCCCUUCCAGAAGGCCGUGUUCACCAACCUGCGCAGCACGCGCGAGGUCGUGGAGCUGGCCCGCGGCAUGCCGCUGCUCAAGUCCCUGGUUCACGUGUCCACGGCGUACUGCAACGCCGACCAGAUGCUGCUGCACGAGCGGGUGUACCGCCAGCGGCUCGACUGGCGGGACGUCGUCAACUGGGCCGAAAACCUCAACGGCGCCGACGUGCAGGCCGUCAACUACCUAGGCCAUAAACUGAUGGGCUCCCAGGCCAACUCGUACGUUUUCACCAAGGCCCUCGCCGAGCAGCUCCUGGAGGAGGUCGCAGACGAGCUCCCCGUCGUCAUCACCAGGCCGUCAAUCGUCGUGCCCACCUUCAAGGACCCCAUCCCGGGCUGGAUCGACAACCUGUACGGCCUGUCCGGCUUCUGGGCCGGCGGCUUCAAGGGCCUCAUGAGGAUAGUGCCCUGCAAGGACUUGGUCUUCAACAGCGUCCCCGCCGACGUGGCUACCAAGAACACCGUGCUCGCGUCGUGGCAUAAGGGCAUCGGACGCUCCUUCCCGCGGCCUGCCGCCCAGGCUGACGCCGCUCCCGCCCCGGCUGACGCUGCCCCCGUCGCCGACGUCGUGAACGUGGUCAUCAUGAAGGACUCGGGCGUGUCGUUCACCGACAUGUCGUGGGUCGUGUCCGAGGCCGGGCUGGGCCGCAUCGUGCCGUUCCCGGGCGCGAUCCGGCCGCCCAAGUUCGAGAACACUCCCUGCCACACCUGGUACCUGCUGCAGGCGUGGUACCACCACUACCUGUUCGGCUUCAUCCUCGACAUGCUGUCCAGGGCGGCGGGAAUCAAGCCCAGGGUCCUCGGCAUCUACAGGACGGUCGUCGUGGCGCUGGACGCGACCCAAUCGUUUUGGAAGCAGUUCGACUUCGACAACGACAACCUGAGAGAGCUGCAGACCAUGAUGCACCCGGACGACGAGAGGGACUACUGCAUCAUGGACCUGAUGUCGAGCAGGGACUCCAAGGAGGCGCUGCGAGCCGUGUCGAUACCCUGCGUCCGCGGCAUCCUCAAGUACACCCUGAAGGAGGAGGACAAUCCGGAGAAGAACUGGAAAAUGAUAGAGAGGCUGAAGUGGGUGAUGGCCGUUUACCAUACGGCGAUGGGACUCGCGUUCUGCGGCCUUGUGUACAGUCUGACCCCGCGCGUCUUCUGAGAUGACGUCGUGAUCUGCAGAGGAGCUCCUGAUCUUUGUAAAAAAAGUGCAACCAGACAAACAGUUAGAGAUCAUAAUUUAUUAAACCAUCAACAACAACA